AUGAAGUUCACCUUGUUAGCAUCGGCAUUCACCCUCUCCUCGGUUCUUGCCUCCAGGGGCCCCAAGGACACCAACAAGCCCGAGGUUGUCACCGUGUACAGAACCGAAACCACGCAAAAGUACGGUAGAUUCAACAAGACUCCUCACCCAACCACCACCACUGUGGUUGUCUCGCCAAGCGAGUGGACCUCGAUCAGAGACGCCUCCAUCAGGUCCUCUGCUUCCGCCGACGAUGUGUUGAGAGUCCAGAUUCAAAAGAGAGCCAACUCCACCGGGGGCGGUGCCGGCGGAAACUCCACCGGCGGUGGUGCCGGCGGCUCCUCCUCUUCCUCCAGGGCCGGUGUUGCUGCCUCUGGUGCCACUUUUGGUGUUGCCGGUGUCGUUGCUUUAGGUGCUGCGUUGUUGAUGUAA